ACCGUGGCCCUGUGUAACAGCAGCUAGGACAGCUCGUUCUCUAGUCUUUUCACCCUGCAUUAUUAACGAACGGUAAGACGUUGGUAUAGUGAGUCGAAUGACAACCCGAGGUGUAUUUAAUAGCGCGGGGAGAAAUGGCUUGUGGCAAACGGCGUUGACAGCACCAUGCAGGUAUGGUUGCGGAAGUGAGCCAGUCACACCUGUAGCUAUGGAGUCGGCCAUCCAGACAGUGGUAGGAGUGUAUCUGAAGUCUGCCAAAGGGAAGGGCAGUCUCGGAGAUAAGGACUUCCAGGGCCUCGUCAAUAAACAGCUCGGCAACGUCAUGACUGGAACAGAGAGUUCCUCUGCAGUGAAGGAGAUGCGUAAGGGAUUGGACGAGAACAAAGAUGGGAAGGUCAGCUUCCAGGAAUACAUGACUCUGAUUGGCUACGUGGCAAACACCCUCAGCGAGCAGAGGACUGCAGCCAACAACACACCUGCCUCAUAGGAACUACAUAUGGCUUCAUAGACACUCUAUAAGAUGUCUUAUGCAGUCUAUAAGGCAGGGUUCUUCAAUCCUGGUCCUAGUGACCCACAGGGUGUGCAGGCUUUAGUUCCAUUCCAGCACUGACACACCAGAGGAAACUCGUGAAGGCUUUGAUGGAAUUGAUUACAGUGUGUGUGACCCCAGGGCCAGAAUUGAAGAACACUUCCAUAAGGCCCCAUGUACCUAUAGAGGCUCAUAGACCUGUCAAUCUCCCUUGGCUGUAUAUCACUACAUAAUCAGACUUAACUUCAUCUCAACAUAUUUUAUAUGCUUUACACUACCAAUCUUCAUCUCAGCUAACAAUGUUACUGGUUUUAUAAAUACUUUAUGAAGGCAUUUUUUUACAUUAAGUUUAACAGUUUUAGUAUAACUACUCUAAAUCAACACUUCUACAAUAAAUGGUUUGUUAUCAUGUUGAAAUAAAUGCCAUGGCAAUGUUUUAAA